AUGGAGAGGAAGGGGAAGGAGAAGGAGAUUGAGAGCGAUUGGAUCUACAAUUCUGAGGAUGAAUAUUUUUCGUCGCUUCCGCAGGGUUUCAAGUUCAGACGCACAGACCUGGAGCUUCUGGAGGCUUACCUCAUCAAGAAACUAAAGAAUCAACCGCUGCCGUUGAACAGAAUCAGAGAGGUGGACCUCUACAGCUUCGCUACUCCCCAGGCACUCACUGCAAACAUCAAGUUAAUUAGAGAAAAGAAGUGGUAUUUUUUCACACCAAGAUUCAGGAAGUACGCCAACGGUGACCGGCCAGACCGGGGGACUCCCGGCGGAUACUGGAAGACCACCGGCGCAGACAUCAAGGUCCGCAACCACGUCGGCCUCGUGCUUGGCACAAAGAGAACUCUAUGUUUCCAUGAGGGGAAGCCCAUGGCUGGAGAAAAGACCAACUGGAUUAUGCAUGAAUAUAUAGUUGACAGACCCACAACUCCACACAACAAACCUCGCAAGUUGGAUGAGUGGGUGUUGUGCAAGGUUUUCCUUAGAAAUGUUGGGCAGAAGAAGGACGACUCUGCAUGACCCCCCAACUUCUGGAAAUCAAAUUCAUCACUUCUCUGAUUAUCAUACGGACCAUUAAUUCAUAUAUCUAUCUAUAUACAUAAAUAUAUAUAUAUAUAUGAAAAAAUGUCAAUAAUUUUUAUGU